GUCAGCUGACAAAUCCGGCUCCUGUCUGAUGUUUACUUUCUAUUUUCAGCGCGCUUAUCUGCGUUUUUUUUGAAUGAAUGCAGCGCUAUGCUUCGCCCAGGAGGACCAUGGUAGUCGUGAACUCGGUGCUGAAGCUGGUGCAGAGGCAGACGUACACCUGUCUGUCCCACCGAUACGGGCUGUACCUCUGCUUUGGGGGCAUCGUCCUCAUGAUUGUUUCCGCCUUUCAGUUCGGAGAGGUACUGGUGGAGUGGAGUAGGGACCAGUAUCAUGUGCUGUUUGACUCCUACAGAGAUAACGUGGGUGGGAAAUCAUUCCAAAGCAGGCUUUGUCUGCCCAUGCCUAUUGAUGUAGUGUACACAUGGGUGAACGGCACAGACACGGCGCUGCUGAGGGAACUGAAGGCGGUCAAAGAGCAACUGGAGGAGGAACAAAAAGCCCGGAGGGAACUCCUUGGUAAAAAUGCUAGCGAGACAACUGAAGUGCCAAAAGACAGUGUUAAGCCUGAAUGCCUGCUGUCCCAUUGCAUCAUAGCGCCCAUGCUGGCCCUGGAUCCUGCUCUGCCGGCCAACGUUACACUCAAAGAGCUGCCGUCCCUCUCUCCCUCCUUCGCCACUGCCAGAGAGCUGCUGCUCAUGAACAAACCCUUCCAGCCGUCUACCACCAUCUCCGUGAUCGUCUUCAACUCGCAGGCUGAAGCCAUUAAAGCGUAUACAGAUGUGUCCAAAGAAGACCAGAAGUUCUCCGUGUUGAGAUGUUACUUGACGACGGAUAAAGAGGCUCCAGGUCUGAGCCGCAUGCAAGCUCUGGCUUAUCUGAGCGGCUUCCCGGCAUCCUACAAGGAGACGGAGCAGUUGCGAGCCAAACUGCCAUCUGUCAUAACCAGCAAGAUCAAACAGUUUGAGUUGUACUCAGAAGCCAGCAUCGCUCUGCUUCACCUCAACACGCCACAGGAUUUUACUGAUCUGACUCAGCAGGCAAAAAAGAACCUGACGCUAGAUGGGAAAGAGUUGACCAUCAGUCCUGCGUACUUGUUCUGGGACCUCACUGCAAUUUCACAGUCUAAACAAGAUGAAGAUGUAUCAGCCAGCCGAUUUGAGGACAACGAGGAGCUCCGCUAUUCGCUGCGCUCUGUGGAGAAACACGCCCCCUGGGUGCGACACAUCUUCAUCGUCACCAACGGGCAGAUUCCCUCCUGGCUCAACCUGGAUAACCCCAGAGUUUCAGUUAUCACACAUCAGGAUAUCUUCUUGAACCACAGCCACCUUCCCACUUUCAGCUCACCUGCUAUAGAGACCCACAUCCAUCGCAUCCCUGGGCUCUCCCAGAAGUUUAUUUACCUCAAUGACGAUGUGAUGUUUGGCAAAGACGUUUGGCCAGAUGACUUCUACAGCCACUCGAAAGGACAGAAGGUGUACCUCACCUGGCCAGUUCCUAACUGUGCAGAAGGCUGCCCAGGAUCCUGGAUCAAAGAUGGGUACUGUGACAAGGCCUGCAACAACUCAGCUUGUGACUGGGAUGGAGGAGACUGCCUGGGUGCAGCAGGGAACAGUCGAUUCGCUGGUGGGGUUGGUCCUGGUGGGGCCGGAGGGGCUGGGGGGCAGGUAUGGCAGUUUGCAGGUGGUCUAGGAGGUGUUGCGGGGACAUCCUACUGCAAUCAAGGCUGUGCCAACUCCUGGCUGGCUGACAAAUUCUGUGACCAGGCGUGCAAUGUACUUUCCUGUGGCUUUGAUGUGGGUGACUGUGGCCAAGAACAUUUUGGCGAGCUGCAUCAUGUGACCCUGCUGAGGAACCAGAGCUCCUACACCCUCCCCGUGGGUGAGAUCAGGCCGUAUUUCAGCUUUGAGAAAUUCGCUCGCAGAGUCUCUGAGGCUCACAUCAGCGACAGCCCUGUGGUGCGCCACACCUCUGUCGCAAACAAGUGGAAGACCAUUCACCUGCUGCUCCUCCCUGGUUACAACGCAACCCAGAUCCACUACAACCUCACUUUUCAAAGAGACGACGACACAGAGUUCACCAUGAGCUUUAGUGUGACUGUUGACACCCGGGAGGUUUCUCAAACUAACGUGUCCCGAACUUCAAGCAAAGAUGCAGGAAAAGAGCCCAAGAUGACCCCGACCCCGGAGCCAGUGUUCCCUUUCUCUGAUAUACCUGAACACAAACGAGGGCCUAAGAUCAAGAAGUGGCUACCUGGAGAACCUCAGACUAUCAUAGAGGUGCCUUCUUUAAAUGUGUCACUUCUACCAGCUGCUCUGCGCAAAGAGCUUCAAAAGCUGGAGGAAAAGCUUCAGAUUGGAGACAUUACUAUGAAGGGUUACAACCUCACAAAGGCUGAACUUUUAAAACCUUACAAGACCCUGGCUGAAAAGCAGCAGAUCCCUGAUUCACAGCUAGGCAAAGAUGAUGCAGACAGAGUCCAGAAGAAGCCCUAUAAAGACUUGGAGGGAGAUGACUUGAAAAUAAAAGCUGAAUCUAGAAAUAUUCAGAAAAAUCAAAACUCUAAAGAAGAAAUGUCCAGGGAAGAUGUCGCUGUAAGAGACAAAACUGUUAUUCCAGUGAACAUUGAUGAUAAACUUGCAGAAGACAUUAUGACUGAAACACCUUAUCCUCUGAAAGCUGUGAUUGAAAGGCCCAUGACUUCAAAACUUUUAAACCGGCUCCCCCCCCCCAAAAGUGCAGAGAGUGAGGCUGAGCCAGCUAAUGCUGCGCCAGUGGGGAGGAGGCUCCAGCACUUCACCUCCUCAGACCGAGGCUUCCUGCCAUGGGAGAGGAGGAAGUAUUUCCAAGCUUUGCUUGAGGAAGAGGAGCGUCUUGACAGUGAGAUGGCAUAUGAGACGGAUGGCACCGCUACCAGGCGAAAGCUUCGAGACACUUUUGCUGACUCAUUGCGCUACGUGAACAAGCUGCUCAACAGCCAGUUUGGCUUCACAUCCCGCAAAGUCCCCGCACACAUGCCCCACAUGAUCGAUCGUCUCAUCAUGCAGGAGCUGCAGGACACAUUCCCGCAAGAGUUUGACAAAACAUCAGGCCACCGUGUUCGCCACCCUGAGGACAUGCAGUUUGCCUUUUCAUACUUUUACUUUCUGAUGAGCGCUCAGCAGCAGCUCAACGUGUCCGAAGUGUUUGAUGACAUCGACACCGACCACUCAGGCGUUCUGUCCGAUCGUGAGAUUCGAACUCUGGCCACAAGGAUCCACGAGCUUCCCCUAAGCCUCCAAGACCUGACAGGUUUGGAGCAGAUGCUGAUAAACUGCUCUAAAACACUCCCAACUAACCUGACCCAGCUUCACCUGGUGAACCCCACUCAGGAAGCUUACUAUGACCCCAGCAUGCCUCCUGUCACAAAAGGCCUCGUCCUCCACUGCAAGCCCAUCACAGAACGUAUUCAUAAAGCCUUCAGAGACCAGAAUAAAUACAGGUUUGAGAUUAUGGGGGAGGAGGAGAUAGCUUUCAAGAUGGUGCGGACCAAUGUGUCCCACGUGGUUGGACAGUUAGAUGACAUUAGGAAGAAUCCCAGGAAGUUCAUCUGCCUGAAUGAUAACAUUGACCACAGUCAUAAGGACGCUGCCACAGUGAAAGCUGUGCUGAGAGACUUCUAUGAAUCCAUGUUCCCGCUGCCGUCCCAGUUUGAACUGCCCAGAGAGUACCGCAACAGGUUCCUGCAUAUGGAAGAACUCCAGGAAUGGCGUGUGUAUCGGGACAAGUUGAAGUUCUGGACCCACUGUGUCCUUGUGACACUCGUCAUCUUCACCAUCAUAUCAUUCUUUGCCGAACAGCUCAUCGUGCUGAAGCGAAAGCUUUUCCCCAGACGCAGAGUGAACAGGGAAAAUAACCCGGAGCGGGUGUGAAAGUGGAAGACUUUUCUGAACUUCAACCUCCACACCUCCUCUCCUCCUCCAUAGUGAGGACAAGAGAGGAUCCAGGCCAGCUGGAAAAAGCGAUCCGAGGUCAUCAGUGCAGGGUUGGGUCACCAUGGAUUUGAGGAGAGACUCGUGUGAGAUGGCGGUGAAACAUUUUUUUCAGAAGAUGAUGGAUGGGGCUGGCCAGGAAGGAAAAUAGCAGCCAGUCAGAAGGAGCACAUAAAUCUUCUUCUCUUCCACUGGGGGCAUCUGAGACUUUUCACACAACACGGGCAACCAACACUCCCUCCACCCUGCGCCACACUUCUCGUGUCCUGCCCUCAGCAUGUCACUGAUUGAUGUUCUGUUAAAGUGUGAAACACUUGAUAUCAGCAUGUCAGUGUCUAUCGAGAAAAACUGAAUCAUAAAAUUCACAAAUGGUUAGUCAGCUAAAUAAUGUGGCAUGAACCUCUUUGUUGUUGUUUUUUUAUGUUUUAUAUCACUGUAAGUUUAGUAUUUUUUUUGGAUUUGAAGACGUUGCCUUUGCUGCUACGUUAACGACGGACACAUACAGUCAUCUGUUUAUUUUAUGGCUAAUUUUAAAGAGAUGGAGGAUCAAAUUCAUACAUAUAGUACAAAUGGGAAUAGGUGAUUAAUGUGUUGGGUGCCAUACCUUUUGUCUACCAUUUCUAAAAACAUGAACACUUUUAGUGCCUUUGUUGUUCAUUCCUGCUUUUUUCAACAUUUUGGGAUUUUAAAAUGUCUUCUUCUAAAUGUUAAUUAAAUCACACCCUAAUCUUGUGGCUCACAGUAAGAAUGAAUGGGAUACAUGAGUAUCAUUCUUUGUGUGGUAUAAAUGUAAGUGAUUGUUGGAGCUACAUUAGAAGUGAUACUACAGCUUUGAAAGCUGCCUGUACGUGUGUCCCCGUGGGACUCAGCAGGCUCGCUGCUGUCUGAAAUUCAGACCUCCUCAGCAUGUUCUCUAACUUAUUUUGAUUGUAUUGUUGUCAAAGUGAGCCCGGUGACUGACGCAUCUGAUUUGAAUGCCAGAAUGUAAACACAGCCUCAUAGAAAUGCUCGUCAUCUGUUCAAAGUAUUUUCCUCUGAAUGUCAGUUUUAUAGUGUUCUUAUUAUAGUGAUAAAAAUGGAAAUGAGCACUAGCAGCUGUCAGCAUUUUGCUGCUGCGCUCUGGGGUCAUAGGAGGUAUGUCAGCAGAUGAGACGCUGAGAGCCGUAUUUGGAAGAUGAAUUUACUCCAGUUGCACCAGUUUCAAUAGUUUAACUGAAAUAAAUGUGAUUUGGUUCA